AUGUAAUAGAUUAAAUAAUACAACAAAUUAGAAGAAUUUUUAAACUCUUCACUUUAAUCUCAUUAGGUUCUCCAUAUUGAUCUAACAUACAAACAUAUUGGUGCGAAAGGUGCAUCAGGCUUAGGUUUUGCUUUAGCAAAGUGCAUUAAUCUCUCAAAUUUGACACUUUAUCUAGGUCUCAAUUAAAUUGGUGAUGAAGGUACAUCAGGCUUAGGUUCUGCUUUAGCAAAGUGCAUUAAUCUCUCAAAUUUGACACUUAAUCUUUAAUAAAAUUAAAUUGGUGCAACAGGUGCAUCAGGCUUAGGUUCUGCUUUAGCAAAGUGCAUUAAUCUCUCAAAUUUGACACUUGAUCUAUAUUUCAAUUAAAUUGGUGAUGAAGGUACAUCAGGAUUAGGUUCUGCUUUAGCAAAGUGCAUUAAUCUCUCAAAUUUGACACUUUAUCUUGGUAGCAAUUAAAUUGGUGCAACAGGUGCAUCAGGCUUAGGUUCUGCUUUAGCAAAGUGCAUUGAUCUCUCAAAUUUGACACUUAAUCUUAGUACCAAUUAAAUUGGUGAUGAAGGUACAUCAGGCUUAGGUUCUGCUUUAGCAAAGUGCAUUAAUCUCUCAAAUUUGACACUUUAUCUUGGAGGCAAUUAAAUUGGUGUAGCAGGUGCAUCAGGCUUAGGUUCUGCUUUAGCAAAGUGCAUUAAUCUCUCAAAUUUGACACUUUAUCUUGGUGUCAAUUAAAUUGGUGCAAUAGGUGCAUCAGGCUUAGGUUCUGCUUUAGCAAAGUGCAUUAAUCUCUCAAAUUUGACACUUAAUCUCUACCAAAAUUAAAUUGGUGUAGCAGGUGCAUCAGGCUUAGGUUCUGCUUUAGCAAAGUGCAUUAAUCUCUCAAAUUUGACACUUUAACUUACUUACAAAUAAAUUGGUGAUAAAAGUGCAUCAGACUUAGGUUCUGCUUUAGCAAAUUGCAUUAAUCUCUCAAUUUUGACACUUGAUCUUCGUUGGAAUAAAAUUGGUUCAAUGGGUGCAUCAGGCUUAGGUUCUGCAAUAGCAAAUUGCAUUAAUCUAUAAACUUUUACCCUUAACCUUGGUGACAAUUAUAUUGAUGAUAAAGGUGUAUCAUGCUUAGGUUCUGUUUUAGCAAAUUGCAUUAAUCUCUCAAAUUUUACACUUAACCUUGGUUCGAAUAAAAUUGGUGCAUUGAGUGCAUCAGGCUUAGGUUCUGCUUUAGCAAAUUACAUUAAUCUCUCAAAUUUGACACUUUAACUAUAUAGGAAUAAUAUUGGUAAUAAAGGUGCAUCAGGCUUAGGUUUUGCUUUAGUAAAUUGCAUUAAUCUCUCAGAUUUGACACUUGACCUUGGUUUGAAUACAAUUAGUGAUAAAGGUGCAUCAGGCUUAGGUUUUGCUUUAGCAAAAUGCAUUAAUCUCUCAAAUUUGACACUUUACCUUUCUUUUUUUUUAAUUGGUGAUGAAGGUGCAUCAGGCUUAGGUUCUGCUUUAGCAAAUUGCAUUAACCUUUCAAAUUUGACACUUUAUCUUCAUUAAAAUUAAAUUGGUGAUGAAGGUGCAUCUGGCUUAGGUUCUGCUUUAGCAAAUUGCAUCAAUCUCUCAAAUUUGACACUUUUCCUUUAUUCGAAUAAAAUUGGUGCAAUAAGUGCAUCAGGCUUAGGUUCUGCUUUAGCAAAUUGCAUUAAUCUCUCUAAUUUUACACUUAACCUUUGUUACAAUAAAAUUGGUGAUGAAGGUGCAUCAGGCUUAGGUUCUGCUUUAGCAAAAUACAUUAAUCUCUCAAAUUUGACACUUGACCUUGGUUCGAAUAAAAUUUGUGAUGAAGGUGCAUCAGGCUUAGGUUCUGCUUUAGCAAAUUGCAUUAACCUUUCAAAUUUGACACUUUAUCUUCAUAAAAAUUAAAUUGGUGAUGAAGGUGCAUCAGGCUUAGGUUCUGCUUUAGCAAAUUGCAUUAAUCUCUCAAAUUUGACACUUGAUCUUCGGUAAAAACAGUUUAUUUGUUUUGGAUUGUGA